GGCCGAGCGGCCUCGGCCGCGGGCUGGGUGCCCGGGCUCCAGUCCUGGCGGCGGCGGCCCGCGCUGUGCCCGGCGGCCCGGGCCGUGCUCCGGCGCCGCGGUCCCGGAAGCCGUCGUGCCCCGCCGGGCUGCGGCUCCGGAAGCGCGCCUGCGCCGCGGUCCGGUGCGGCCCCGGGCGCGGCCCCUUUAAGAGGCCGGGCCUGGGAGGCGGCGGCGGCGGCGCCGGGAGCGGGCGGCGGGCGGAGGGAGGAGGAGGGAGCGAGCGAGCAGCGCCUCGGCCGCCCCUGCCGCCGCCGCGGUCGCACCCGCGGCCUCCCGCCCUCCCCCUCGCGUCGCCGGCCGGGGAGGGGGCGCGCGCCGCCGCCGGGGAAGCAGCCGCCGCCGCCGGAGAAGAUGGGCGAUUUCUACGACCCCGAGCACCCGACCCCCGAGUGUCUGGUUAUCAUAAGCAGUUUAAAAGGGCCUUAUGGCAUGUUGUGCUAUGUGGAAGGUGUCUCCUUUCAAAUCUGUUUCCCCCUGGGAGAAGAAGAAAAUGAGGCAAAGAUUGAAAAUGUGCAGAAAACAGGUUUCAUCAAAGGACCGGUGUUCAAAGGUGUUGUUUCAAGUCGGUUUUUGCCCAAAGGCACCAAGACAAAAGUUAAUUUGGAGGAACAGGGGCGACAGAAGGUGUCCUUCAGCUUCAGCCUUACGAAGAAAACGUUGCCAAACAGGUUUCUGACUGCACUGGGCAACGACAAGCAGAGUGAUACCCCCGCCUCCCCAGCUGUACCUCCUCCUCCUCAAGUAGACUUGACCCCUAAAAUGAAAGUGGACGUUGGCGAGCCCGUAUCGACUGCAGAAGACUCUUCCCCACCAAAAUCAAGGCUAGAAUUGGGAAAAAUUCAUUUUAAGAAACAUCUGCUUCAUGUAACAUCCAGGCCACUGCUAGCUGCAGCCACACCAGUGUCAGCCCCUCCCCCCACAGUACCAUUUCCAGCAGCCAUCGCAGAAUCAACAGCUGGAGACUCGUCACCAUCGUCUCCCCCUCCCCCUCCCCCUCCUCCUCCCCACCAAGCCACAGUACCUUCACUACCAGCACCAGUAACCGAGCCAGUGGCCUCGCCACACCCACCAGCGAUGGUUCUGAUGACAGCACCCGCCGAUGGAGCAGGGAGAGCCUUGAAGGACCCACCAGCUGCAAUUGAACCAGAGUCUUCAGAGGUGGACCCUAAGCAGGACACUGUGUCUAACAGUUCGGAAGAACACAUAACUCAGAACUGGAACGAGCAAGCAAACCUUCCCUUACAGAAAGAAGACGCCCAUCUUGGGAAGGAGGAAGAAAUUCCAGACAGUUCUAAGAGGACUCUGAGCUCUAAAAAAACAGGUUCUAAGAAGAAAUUCUCACAAUCUGAAGGCACCUUUCUUGGUUCAGAAUCUGAUGAAGAUUCUGUCCGGACUUCCUCAAGUCAGAGAUCACAUGAUUUAAAAUUCCCAGCAAGCAUUGAAAAGGAAAGAGAUUCCAAAAAGAGCUUAGCACCUGUAAAAAGUGAGGAUUUAGGGAAAUCUUCACGAUCUAAGACAGAAAGAGAUGAUAAAUAUUUUAGUUACUCAAAACUUGAAAGAGAUACUCGGUAUGCAUCCUCUCGAUGUAGAUCAGAGAGAGAGCGAAGGCGAAGCAGAUCUCGUUCUAGAUCUGACAGAGGCUCUAGGACUGGCUUAUCUUACUCCCGGUCGGAACGAUCCCAUUAUUACGACUCCGACCGUCGCUACCGUUCCCCUUAUCGAGAGAGGGCACGUUACUCUCGGCCGCAUACAGAUAACAGGGCACGAGAGAGUUCUGAUUCUGAAGAUGAGUAUAAAAAGACAUACUCAAGGCGAACCUCAUCUCAUUCCUCCUCUUACAGAGACCUAAGGACAUCCUCCUCCUAUUCUAAAUCUGACCGGGACUGCAAAACUGAACCUUACUCAGAGAUGGAGAAAAGAGGGAAGUAUUCUUCAAAGCCAGAAAGAGAAUCCAGAAGGACUUCGGAAAGUGAAGCAAUGAAAAGGUCUUGUUCUCCCCUUAAUGAACUGGGGUUCCGACGGGGGUCAUCCUAUUCCAAGCACGAAAGCAGUGCUUCCCGUUAUAAAUCUGCUCCUUCAAAAUCUAUAUCCAAAUCUGAUAAAUCAAAAAAUUCUUUCUGUUGUGCAGAAUUAACCGAGGAAACCAAACACUCUCAUUCUCUUAGUUUACAGACUCAUUGUUCAAAGGGUAGUGAAGUCAGAAUGAUUAGUAAACUUCCUGAAAGAGAGAAGACGGGCUCUCCUCCUCUAUCCAAUCGAUUAAAUGAUUCACCGACUUUUAAAAAGCUAGAAGAAUCGCCUAUUUUUAAAUCUGAGUUUAUAGGACAUGAUAGCCAUGAUAGUAUUAAGGAAUUAGAUUCUUUAUCUAAAGUGAAGAAUGAUCAAUUAAGAAGUUACUGUCCCAUGGAAUUAAAUAUAAAUGGAUCUCCUGACGCAGAAUCUGAUUUGAUAACAUUUUGCACUUCUAAAACGGACACUGUCUUGAUAUCUUCUGAUGACAGUGUGACUGGAUCAGAGGUAUCCUCUUUGGUCAAAGCAUGUGUGCUUUCUUCAAAUGGAUUUCAGAACACUGACAGUUGUAAAGAAAAAGACUUGGGUGAUACUUGCAUGCAGUGUAGUAAGGCAGAAAGCCCAUUUAGAGAAGCAGAGCCUCCGGUGUCACACCAAGAUAAACUCGUGUGUAUGCCAGGUAUGACUGUAGAUUACUGCAAAACCGUAGUUAAAGAACCAGCUGAUAUGGAAGUUUCUAGCUGCAAAACCAAAGAUUCAGACGUGUAUUAUGCUUCAAAUGACAACAGCCCUUCCUUGUGUCAUUCUGCAGCUGAAGGGACUGAGCCCUCAGUGAGGAAGAUUUCUUCCAGUAGCUUUGUGGAUGUGCAUUUGAAGUCGGAAACAGUCCCAUGUGAUACUAGAAGUCUGACAGAUCAGCACUCAGCAUUUGCAUGCCAGGAAUUCCAUAAGAGUGCUGGUGGCACUAGUUCAGCUUCUGUUAAUCAUUUUGAUGAUUUAUAUCAACCUAUAGAGAGCUCAGGCAUUGCUUCAUCUCUUCAGAGUCUCCCACCAGGAAGAGCAGUGGACAAUUUCGCUUUCUUGCAAUGUGGAGAGGACACCUCUCCAGUUUUGGGUGCCGUACUGAAGAGUAAAAGCGCAGAGUUUUCGAAGCACGGAGAAGAAGACAUGAAAGAAGUAGGCAGUGACCUUCCUGACCUAGGUAGGGGGAUGUCUUCCUGGCAAAACAGGCAUAAUCAUGGGUUAUCUGGGAAAUGUUUGCAUGAGGCUCAAGAAGAAGGGAAUAGCAUGCUGUCUGAUGAGAGAGGAAGACCAGAAAUCUCCUUCGAGGAAGAAGGGAGAAGGGGACAUGAACACACUUCUGAUGAUUCAGAAGUUGUAUUUUCUUCUUGUGAGUUGAAUUUAACCGCAGAAGACAGCGAGUAUAUGACAUAUACUUUAAAAUGUGACAGCAGUGGUCAUGCCUCGGAGAUCGUGUCUACUCUUCACGAAGAGUAUUCUGGUUCCUCUGAAAGUUCAAGUGAUGAAAGCGAUUCAGAGGAGACAGAUUCUGACGACAGCAGUGUUCCGAGGAACCGCCUUCAGUCUGUGGUGGUUGUGCCAAAGAAUUCGACUUUGCCCAUGGAAGAAACAAGCCCGUGUUCUUCUCGGAGCAGUCACAGUUACAGACACUACUCUGACCACUGGGAGGAUGAGAGGUUGGAGUCAAGGAGACAUUCAUAUGAGGACAAAUUUGAGAGCAUAGCAAGUAAAGCCUGUCCUCAAACUGAGAAGUUCUUUCUUCAUAAAGGAACAGAGAAGAGUUCGGAAAUGUGUUUUACACAGAUGAGCAGAAAACUGAUAGAUAACCACUUGGCUGAAAUGGCUCGUCCGCAGAGUGAUGGAGUUGACAGUACGAGUCACAGUGAUGGCAGGUCAGACCCUGGAGGUCCUCCGAGUUUCGAAGAAGCAGUGCGGACCCAAACAGCGUCCAGGCAGGAGGCGCUGCCGCACUGCUCUCCUGAUGAUUUUGAAGAGGCUCCAAGUAAGUGUCGGCAGCAGACCCCUUUCCCCGAGAGGCCGGAUAGCAGACUGGGGAGAACAGAGUUGAGUUUUUCUUCCUCUUACGAGAUCUCCCGAGUGGAUGGCUUCCAUUCAUCGGAAGAGCUCAGAAACAUGGGGUGGGACUUCUCUCCGCAAGAAAAGCCUACCACCACGUACCAGCAGCCGGACAGCAGCUACGGAGCCCGCGGCGGACACAGGUAUCCGCAGGGCGCAGAACAAUACGGUGGGGCACGGAAUUGCUGGCCAGGCAAUGGCUACUGGGAUCCAAGGUCAGCAGGUCGACCUCCUGGAACUGGGGUUGUGUAUGAUCGGACUCAAGGUCAGGUCCCAGAUUCCUUAACAGAUGACCGUGAAGAGGAAGAGCACUGGGACCAUCGGGUGGGAUCGCAGUUUCCGAGCCAGUCUGGUACAUUUUUUCUGUCCCUGCAGCAGGACCAGGGGUCAGUGCAAGCCCCUGAAAUAAGCAGCAACUCCGUUAAGGACUCAUUAGCUCUAAAUGAAAAGAAAGCUCUUUCAAAAAACUUAGAAAAAAAUGAUAUGAAAGACAGAGGGCCUCCUAAAAAAAGGAGGCAGGAAUUGGAGAGUGAUUCUGAAAGCGAUGGCGAGCUUCAGGACAGGAAGAAGGUGAGAGUGGAGGCACAGCUGUGCGAGCCGGCGGCGCCCCCGGGCCCCUCGCUGUCCGGGCCGUCCUGUGCCAUGGAGGACUUCAGAGACGCCCAGCGGUGGAAGGAGUGUGCGAAGCAGGGCAAGAUGCCCUGUUACUUUGAUCUGAUUGAAGAAAACGUUUACUUAACAGAAAGGAAGAAGAAUAAAUCCCACCGGGACAUUAAGCGAAUGCAGUGUGAGUGCGCACCCCUGUCUAAGGAGGAGAGGGCUCAGGGGGAAGUGGCGUGUGGGGAGGACUGCCUGAACCGUCUCCUCAUGAUCGAAUGUUCUUCUCGGUGUCCAAAUGGGGAUUAUUGUUCCAAUAGACGGUUUCAGAGAAAACAGCACGCCGACGUGGAAGUCAUACUCACAGAGAAGAAAGGCUGGGGCUUGAGAGCUGCCAAAGACCUUCCUUCGAACACCUUUGUCCUGGAAUACUGUGGCGAGGUCCUUGAUCAUAAGGAGUUUAAAGCCCGGGUGAAGGAGUACGCACGGAAUAAAAACAUCCACUACUAUUUCAUGGCCCUGAAGAAUGACGAGAUAAUAGAUGCCACUCAGAAAGGAAAUUGCUCUCGUUUUAUGAAUCAUAGCUGUGAACCAAACUGUGAGACUCAAAAAUGGACUGUGAACGGACAGCUGAGGGUUGGGUUUUUCACCACCAAACUGGUUCCUUCAGGCUCAGAGCUGACGUUUGACUACCAGUUCCAGAGAUAUGGAAAAGAAGCGCAGAAAUGUUUCUGUGGGUCAGCUAAUUGCCGGGGUUACCUGGGAGGGGAGAACAGAGUCAGCAUUCGAGCAGCAGGAGGGAAAAUGAAGAAGGAACGAUCCCGUAAGAAAGAUUCCGUGGACGGAGAGCUGGAGGCGCUGAUGGAGAAUGGGGAGGGCCUCUCGGAUAAAAACCAGGUGCUCAGCUUGUCUCGGCUCAUGGUCAGAAUCGAGACUUUGGAACAGAAACUUACCUGUCUCAAGCUCAUCCAGAACACUCACUCCCAGUCGCGCCUGAAGUCCUUUCUGGAGCGCCACGGGCUGUCCCUGCUGUGGAUCUGGAUGGCGGAGCUGGGGGAUGGCCGGGAGAGCAACCGGAAGCUUCAGGAGGAGAUUAUAAAGACUUUGGAACACUUACCUAUUCCUACCAAAAAUAUGUUGGAAGAAAGCAAAGUGCUUCCAAUCAUCCAGCGCUGGUCUCAGACCAAAACUGCGGUUCCUCAGCUGAGCGAAGGAGACGGGUACUCCAGCGAGAACACGUCUCGGGCUCACACCCCGCUCAACACCCCCGAUCCCUCCGCCAAGCUGAGUGCGGACGCCGACACAGACACCCCCAAGAAGCUCGUGUUCCGCAGACUUAAAAUCAUAAGCGAAAACAGCAUGGACAGUGCCAUCUCGGAUGCCACCAGCGAGCUGGAAGGCAAGGACGGCAAAGAGGACCAGGAGCCGGUGGAAGGCCUCCCGGUGGAGGAGGAGGAAGAGUCCCAGUCACAGCACCCGCUCUCCCAGCAGCUGCCUGAGGCCAAGGCUGACGGGGACAGUGCUGGGGAGGCCAGCAAGCUGCCCGGCCCCGGCCCCGAGGCUGACGGCGAGCCGGAGCCCAGAGAGAGCAGCACCGCGAAGCUGGACGAGCACACGGCGGCGGAGACACCGUCCCAGGACGAGGAGGAGGGCGUGUCCGACGUGGAGAGUGAGCGGAGCCAGGAGCAGCCGGACAAAGCCGUCGACAUCAGCGAUCUGGCCACCAAGCUCCUAGAUAGUUGGAAAGACCUAAAGGAGGUCUAUCGGAUUCCAAAGAAAAGCCAGACGGAGAAGGAGAGCGCAGUGACUGAACGGGGAAGAGAUGCUACUGUCUUCAGAGAUCAAGCUGCUGCCCCAAAGACUCCCAACCGGUCACGAGAGAGAGACACAGACAAGCAAACUCAGAAUAAAGAGAAGCGGAAACGAAGGGGCUCCCUCUCGCCGCCCUCCUCUGCCUACGAGCGAGGCACCAAGAGGCCCGAGGACAGAUACGAUACCCCGAGCUCCAAGAAGAAAGUGCGGAAGGACCGCAACAAGCUCUCCACGGAGGAACGGCGGAAGCUCUUCGAGCGGGAGGUGGCUCAGCGGGAGGCGCAGAAGCAGCAGCAGCAGAUGCAGAGCCUGGGGAUCACGUCUCCGCUGCCCUACGACUCUCUCGGCUACAGCGGCCCUCACCACCCCUUUGCCGGCUACCCACCGGGGUACCCCAUGCAGGCCUAUGUGGACCCCAGCAACCCCAAUGCUGGGAAGGUGCUCCUCCCCACCCCCAGCCUGGACCCCGUGUGCUCCCCUGCUCCUUACGAUCACGCUCAGCCCCUGGUGGGACACUCUGCGGAGCCCCUGGCCGCCCCCCCAUCGGUCCCCGUGGUGCCACACGUGACGGCCCCCGUGGAAGUGUCCAGCUCGCAGUACGUGGCCCAGAGCGAAGGGGCGGUGCACCAGGACUCCAGCGUCACCGUCCUGCCAGUGCCGGCCGCAGCCCCGGUUCAGGGACAAAAUUACAGCGUUUGGGAGUCAAACCAGCAGCCGGUCAGCGUGCAGCAGCCCUACUCGACGCCCACCCAGUCGCAGCCGACCAUCUAUUACCAAGGACAGACCUGUCCAACCGUCUACGGCGUGACGUCCCCCUACUCCCAGACAACACCCCCCCUCGUGCAGAGCUAUGCCCAGCCGAGCCUGCAGUACCUCCCGGGGCAGCAGAUCUUCUCGGCGUCGGGCGUGGUGGUCCAGCCGGCCGCGGCCGUGACGGCCGUCGUGGCGCCGGGGCAGCCCUCGCCCCUGCAGCCGCCGGAAAUGGUGGUGAGCAACAACCUCCUGGACCUGCCUCCGCCCUCUCCUCCCAAACCAAAAACCAUCGUCUUACCUCCCAACUGGAAGACCGCCCGGGACCCCGAAGGGAGGAUCUAUUACUACCACGUCAUCACGAGGCAGACUCAGUGGGACCCGCCCACGUGGGACAGCCCCGGAGACGAGGCCAGCCUGGAGCAUGAAGCCGAGAUGGACCUGGGAACCCCGACCUACGACGAGAACCCCAUGAAGGCCUCAAAGAAGCCCAAGACAGCAGAGGCAGACACCUCCAGCGAGCUGGCUAAGAAGAGCAAGGAAGUGUUCCGGAAGGAGAUGUCCCAGUUCAUCGUCCAGUGCCUGAACCCCUACCGGAAGCCAGACUGCAAAGUGGGGCGGAUCACCACCACGGAGGACUUCAAGCACCUCGCUCGAAAGCUGACUCACGGCGUCAUGAACAAGGAGCUGAAGUACUGCAAGAACCCAGAGGACCUGGAGUGCAACGAGAACGUGAAGCACAAGACCAAGGAGUACAUCAAGAAGUACAUGCAGAAGUUCGGGGCCGUGUACAAGCCCAAAGAGGACACGGAGCUGGAGUGACGGGCGGGCGGGGCGGAGCAGGCAGGACCGAUGUGGGGAGGAGCCGCGGCCGCCCUGCCCGCUGCCAUCACAGCUGUGCUACUGAUGCCCUCACCGGCCUGCUGCAGAGCCGAGAGCCAGCGAGCCCGUCUCAGCAGGCGGUCCCCGUCGGGAGCUGUGGGAGGCCGGGGCCCCGGGAGACGCUUCCCUCGGACCCUGGCCCGGCCGGACCCCUCCCCCGGUCUCCUCCUUGGCGGUGCUGUCGGCGCACAGACCAUGCGCUUCCACCACACCCUGUCCCCGACGACCUGUACUAUAUUUUAAUGUAUAUGUGAAUAUAUUGGAAUAAUCUGUUGUUUUCCUGGUUUUGUUUGUUGUUGUUUUGCUUUUAGCCUUUCCAUGCUAGGAUCACAGAAGACUUUGUAAGGACGGUUGAAGUGCUCCUGCAAGGUUUAAUUUGUUAUCAUGUAAAUACUCCAAAGCAGGCCGCCUGUGGUUCGGCCAGCCUCGUGCUAUGUUGAUAAGAUUGAUUUACUGCUUAAAAUCACUUUACUUUAUCCAAUUUUUACUGAACUUUUUAUGUAAAAAAUAAAAUUAAUUAAAGAA